UGAUUGUGAUCGUGAUGAUGAUGAUGAUGAUGAUGAUGAUGUCGAUAAUGCAAUCUCCAUUCGACAGCUGAACCCUGGCUACCCGACCCCUCUUCCCGAGAGGUUUGAUGAAUACGCCACGAAAAUGGAAACGAAAAUGAAGAGGAAUGUCGGUCGGGAGACGACGUUUGGGAUUGUUCUUGUGCCCGGUUCCUAUGUGAUGGUUCCUUUCUGCGAGGACGACACGUCUACAGAGUUCAUUCUUCGAGUCUUCACAGAGACGGCAGUUACGAUCAGGUCCCUCGAUGACGUGGAGGCAGUCGAUCCGGAGCCAGUUGACGAAAUUGCAAAGAUCACAGAAAACCUCCUUGCCAGCAUCUUUGAGAGGAAUACUCCUUCAUCAAAGGUGGAUGCGCGCCAGCUGAGAAGGGUAUUGAACACCAUGUGGAGAAUAGAUAAAGAGACAACAGCUGAUAUAUUUUCUCUGGAGACAUGCCGCUGCCUUAUUGAGAGAUAUAAUAAAUCACGUGAUGGAUUACUGACUCUGGAUGACACAAAGGAAUGCUGGGACUUUUUGAACAUGUGUCAGAGACACUUCCGGUUCUGUGACUUGGACGAUUCUGGAGCGGUGGACAUUCACGAGUUGUUGCCUUAUUACGACCUUACCCACGGUAAACUUAAUAAAUGUGUUGCAGUCAACAUUUGCAUCAGAUACGCUGAUCAAAAUGGUCGUAUGUUCUUCGAUGAUUUCUGCCAGAGCGUUACACGUUUAAGGACGCUCACCAAGGUAUAUUUGAAGCAUGCUAGCGAUGACGUGACCUUCACUUCGUGGUUUCCUUAUACUAUGAAUCCUCGGAGUACUUAGAGGAAAUUCCUGGAACCAUGGAUCACGUGACAACGUAUUUUGGAUUACAUGACUGCUUUAUGGAUUAUUGGCC